AUGGCUGGUUUUCCCAAGUACGCUAGUAUUGAAGACAGAGAUUUGACGGUAACUCUGAAGUCAGACUCCCCUGGGGGGCAUGACGAAGAAUGUUAUCUCCAAGAUCUGUUGAUCAGAACAAGCCAUGACAAGACUUCGAGAUUCAUUGUAGUCAUCGAAUACAAAUAUUAUCUCUUUCAUGUCACUCGCGUUGGGGACACUGCAGCAAUGGAAGUAGAAGAUGCUGUCACGGUCUUCGAUGGAUUCGUUCGUUCGGGAAGGGCUGACUUCGUCUCAACCUUUUACAAAGUCGAUAAUGCCCUCUCGAAUUCUCAUGAGAAGGUCUCAACCCAUAGCUUCCUGGCCACUUUGUCUCACCCAUGGGGUCCGUUCUUUGACUCGCUAUCACUGCCAAUCGCGGAUCUGGAGCUAUUCAAAAGCCCUUUGAACGUACCAAGGAGACAUCGCAUGGCGGCAGCAGCCAAGCAGAUCAUCAAUUCAAUGAAGAAUGCUUGGAAUGACCGCAUCACAGUGAGAGUGCUCUUCUGGAUAGUCAUCGGAACGCUUUGUGUAGCCGCCGCUACUAUGACCCAUAAAGCAUUCAACAAGCACUUUCACCAACAUUUCGAAAACGGCAUUUGGGUUCGCUACGACGUUGGAGAUAGCCAAGGCCCAAAAUACCAGCUUCAGUUUACCCAUCAUAAUGCCUCGAGCUGGGCAGCCAAAAAUCCUCAUCAGAAUGGCGAAUGGGCAUUCCGGAUCGACGAUCAAGCCAUGAUACCAGCACAUCUCAUGGAUGAAGAAGAGCAGCUCUAUCAGCGCUGGUUCCAGAAGCGAUAUCCCGAGAAGAACAAAAUUCGUCUCAAUCAAGACUACAUCAGCGACUCAUUUCUUGGUGAUCCUGAUCAAAUCCAGGUGCCUUCCGACAAACAGUUCCACAUGGCUCACUGCGUCCGGGCAUUGAGAAGAUAUUGGCAGGCGAAGGAAACGGGAAAGCACGUCUGUCCGAGAGACAUCGACUACAGACACAUGAAACACUGCUUGGACUCCAUGGACGAGUGGGCAUUCCCAGAUGGAGAAAGAGGCUCCAUCAAGCCUGUUGUAGACUCAGGUACAUGGAAGUUGAUUUGGGAGACCAAAGUUUGUUUUUGA